GGAAAUGUUAUCCGAAAAAGGACCAAAACCUGUGGCUCUCCAAAUGCUCUUAUAUUUCCCCCCGGCCGCAUGACUAACAUGUAGGAAGCGACACGUAGGCGGAACUCCCAGAGUCUCCCACUUCAACCAUCACCUCGCCAUCCACAAGCUAAGCCAUCUCCUCAAGCCUCGCGCGCACCAUGAACGACUCCGUCGACAAGCUAGUCAUCUUCCUAGCCAAGCGGGACGGCAUCGACAAGCUCGUCAAGACCUUCCAAUACGUCUCCAAGCUCGUCCACUGGCGGGCCGAGGAGGCCGCACGCCCUGACCUCGCCCGGCGAGCCAAGAACUGGGAGGUCGCCUCCGGCCUGAGCCGCAAGGCCUUCCGCACCGGCCGAUUCCUCACGGGGCUCAACGCCCUCCGCCGAUCCCCCGGCGCGACCCCGGCGUUCAGGCUUCUUGGGGUGCUGGCCAAUGCCGGGGAGAUGGUCUACUUCUUCUUCGACCACUUCCUGUGGCUGUCGAGGAUCGGGGCGCUCGACGCGGCGCUCGCCCGGCGGAUGAGCUUCGUAUCGGCGUUCGGGGAGUCGUUCGGAUACGUAUUCUUCAUCGCGAUGGACUUCAUCAUGCUCAAGGAAGGGUUGAAGGCGGAGAGGCAGCUUAGGAAGGGGAAGGAGAAGGGAGGGAAGAACGACGACGAAGUGGAAGGGAGGGUUGCGAAGAUAAGGGCGGAUAGAGUGAUGCGGCUGAUGGCGGUGGCCGCGAAUGUGGCGGAUCUGGUGAUUGCGGUGGCGGAUAUUGAGCCGAACCCGUUUUGCAACCAUCCGGUCUCGCUCGGGAUUAGCGGACUUGUGUCUGCAUGGGCUGGCUGGUAUCGGAAUUGGCCCUCGUAAAGGAAGAAUUCUUAAGAGUUACUAUUGCACACA